UACUUACCUUAUUUCAAGCAAAAAGAUUAUUUUACAAUAUUUUUUUAAAAACUAUUAUCACCUUCUCACCAUUACCCAUAGUGCAAAAAGGGGUUGCGUCACUAACACAAACACAAACGAGCUCGCGAUCGCGCACCUAGCGCACAAAGAGACGAACGCACGAGCGAGCGAACCAGUCGAAAAUUAGUUUGCGCGAGCGCAGUCUGCACCAACCUGCGUACAAACUGUCCGUGCGUUUAAGUCGAUCCGGAGACUGCUUCUAGCAGACACAUUACGCGACAUUCGCCGCUGCCAUCGUCAGCACUCCUUCUUCUCCAUGUCCAUGUACGGAUGAACCAGCCCGACGAUAACCUUUCACAGCAACUCCGUGCAAAUGGCAGUUUGGGGGUGGAAACGAAAAAUUAGUGCAAAAAUUAUACAACCAACCGGAUGAACCGGCCAUCAUAAGUGUGUGUUUUGCUCAGUGCUCGAAAAUACGUUUUCGAAACGAAAAAAAAAACAAAACGCUGCAGGAGAACGAGUAAAGAAAGUGAAAUAAUACCCCCAAAUUACGCUCUUUCAUGUGGGCGAACGGAUGAAAAACAACAGAAAAAUCGAAAGUUUUCCAUUCCAAAGCGCCCGAAGGCAGUGUUUUGCACGGAACGAGUGACGACAAAAAAAAACCGAAGCAUAAAUUCGAAAAUAAAUAGUACGUUCGUACAGUGCGAAUGAUAUGCGAAUCGGACCCACCGUUGUGAAGAUGAUCAUCAGCCAACAAGCCAAUACAUAAUGUUUCAACCGCGUGACAAGUGACAGGCAAAAUGUGCCCAUUGGCGUAAAGCAAGCGAAAAGCAAUGCGUGAGCAGAGAGUUGAACAGAGCAAAUCCCACAUUCGCCAUACGAAGUGAUCACACGAUCGAGUUAACAAGGUGCAUGUAAAGUGUUUCUCUGUGCGUGUGCUUGUGCAUGAAUGUGCCAUCCGAGUUGGGGACCGUGGCGUCGAAUUACCCGUGCUAGUCAUACACGUUCAAGUCUUUCCGAAUGAAAUAAUAAUCCCCAAAACUGUUCCCCAGCCCGUACAGUGGACGCGUGCCGUUAACCAAACAUGACUGUUUCGUAUUCAGCGGAGGUACCGAACGGUAGCAAUUUUGGCGUAUUUUGGCGCAUUUUAUGGAAAUGGCGUGGUAGUGUAUAUAAAGCCGUUUGGCGGGAACUCUUGGCAUAUCUGCUAGUCUACUAUACACUUAAUUUCACCUACCGUUACGGUCUCAGCGAAGAUGGUAAAAGAGUAUUCGAAAGAAUCCGUACCUACUUUGGCCAACAACGUGAAACUGUACCACUAUCGUUCGUGCUCGGCUUCUAUGUUAGCUUGGUAGUGAAACGCUGGUGGGAACAGUACCGGAUGCUACCAUGGCCGGACACACUAGCACUGUUCGUGAGCGCAGCCAUCCAGGGAAACGACGAAACUGGACGGCUGAUGCGACGAAACAUCAUGCGCUACAUGGUCCUGUCGUACGUGAUAACGCUGCAAAAGAUUUCGCUCCGCGUUAAGCGACGAUUCCCCGGCUGGCAGCAUCUGGUCGAUGCUGGCCUAAUGCUCGAAAGUGAGCGCAAAAUUUUCGAGAUUAUGGACGCUAAAAGCCCCAUGUCCAAGUACUGGAUGCCGCUGGUGUGGGCUACAAACAUCAUUAACCGGGCACGCAAAGAUCAACUGAUCCCGUCGGACCAUAUCGUGCAGACGCUGCUAAUGGAGCUGUCCGACAUCCGGCGACGGCUCGGUGGUUUGAUCGGUUACGAUACCGUGUGUGUGCCGCUAGUCUACACACAGGUCGUGACACUUGUGCUGUACUCAUAUUUUACCGCAGCCAUUAUGGGUAGUCAAAUGAUCCCGACAUAUGAUGCCGCAACAGGCACCUACCAAGAGCUGGAUGUGUUUUUCCCUCUGUUCACGGUGCUACAGUUUGUGUUCUACGUGGGAUGGUUGAAAGUGGCCGAGGUGUUGAUUAACCCCUUCGGCGAGGAUGAUGACGAUAUUGAGCUGAACUGGCUCAUUGAUCGGCACAUUAAGGCAUCGUACAUGAUCGUGGACGAGAUGCAUGACGAGCAUCCGGAGCUGCUGAAGGAUCAAUACUGGGAGGAGGUCGUACCGAAAGAUCUGCCGUACACCGUUGCGUCCGAACAUUACCGUCGGGAAGAACCGAAGGGUUCGGCCGAACAUUACAAGGUGAAGGAGGCGGAUGCAGUCUACGCAAACAUCGGUGCCGUUGGUGGCAAGCGUAUGAUGAACGACGAGAUGUAUGCGGAUUAUGAAAGCGUGGACACUCCAAUGGCGGAACGCCGUAAGGGAUGGUUGGGGAAGGUUAGCCGAAUGGGAUCGGGACGAAGUUCCUCCACCGCAUAUUCGUCCGGAGGUCUUUUUGCACGCAAUCGACACAAUUCCGUGUACUCUAGCCCAGAGGCAGGUCUCGGACAACCGAUUGUCACUGGUGCUCCUGCACCGAAGGUGAGCCUGUACGAUCGAUUCGUAAACCGGAAGUCUGGUCGCCAUGCGAGGCAAAUUAUUAAGCAAAAUUCAAAGCUCAGCCUCAACGGAUCGGUUAUAUCGAACGUACCGCAAAAAGCACGUCCACGAAUACCGACACCGGACGUGACGAAGGAAAGCCGUGUCGCGCCACUUGGUACAAUGACGACCAGUACCGCAAACAUUGCAUCUGGUGUUGCACUGAUGGCAACACAGCUGGCAAACAAUCCCUCCAUCUAUCCGGCAUCCACGGCCACUCUUAACAACAACGAAGUUCCGGUAGUUGGAACACUCCUGCUAGCACCGAUCAAAGAGCUAGAUUCUAGCUCGACCACCAACACUUUACACUCAGGCCAGUCGGCUACGGCUUCGCUGGCUAAAUCAAUUUUACCUACAGCGCUCAAGAGUUCCGAGCAAACGUUUUCACGCUCUCGUCCCUACUUUGCAGUGUCGCCGUUUGGCAAGGAUGGCACAAAUCUGGAGCUCACGCUCACAAACUCAUCAUCCCUAGGUGGAUCACCGAAUCCGCUCGGGGCCAACACCGUCAUCGUACUGCCGGCAACAACUACCACCACGGUGGCAGUUUCCGCCAACGGUACCACAGUAACGGGUACGAUCCCGAUCACGACUGGAACGGGUCGAGCGCUUGACACAACCGACACCAGUCCCGGUAUACGAAGCUCUUCGCUAGCACCGGGCGGAGUCCUGGUACCGAAAACGGACGCCCUGCUACCCAUUUCACUCACCUCCCUUCCGCUGUCGUUCACGGUAACGCCGGUUACGAACACUAGCAGUAAUAGUACGACCACCACCACAACGACCGGUGGUACGAUCAUUACCGAGCUGCCGUGUGACGAUGGUGAGAUCAGUACCAGCGUAACGAUGAGCAAUGAGAAAAAUCGUCCACCACCAUCCGCCAGCAAUGCGGACAGUUCUUCCUCAGCCGCAUCGACGCUAAGCAAACGUAAGCCAAAGCAUGGCGAGGUUUACGUUUAGGUUGGCCCAGCAACAGCUGCAGGGAUUGUACCAAUAGCCAAGGCAAAGGUAGCAAAUUUGUAACACGGAAUUCGGCGUUUCGCGCGUAGAUGCAUUCACGUGAAGAGAGAUGUGCCAAUAACUAUUUUCCUAUUUCCUAAAUCACCGCAACAAAAUGGACCGCCCGUGCACCGGCAGGCAACUUACAACUGUCCCCCUAAUAGUGCUGUGUAUUUGUUCUAGUAAUCAUUGAUACAAAGUAUUGUUUGUUUUGUAAGGAAAGUAAGUUUACAACUGCGCGUAGUCGAUGAUAAUCAAGCAGCUAGUUUUGUGUUUGUUUUUUUAUCUUAAUCAUUAGUUACACUUUUGAAACGUAAAGCAUGGUAAAAUGAUAUGGCGAUGCGCAAAACGAUUCCGUCCGUGUUUAAACCUGCGAUUGAAGCAUUUUAUGAAUUUUAAACGUACUGGUACGCGUGUGUUACCAUGUAAAGCGGUAUGAGGUCAAACCGAUUUGUUUUAGGCACUACACAUUUUACCGCCCCUUAUCGAACCCUUUUCUCUUCCUUGGCUGUUCCCAGGGAAGAGGAAAACCAAUUUCGGUAAUGUUUAGCAUUUUUAUAAAGAAGUUACUAGCAUUCUACGAGAACUUUUAUAAGGAGUUACUGUAUAGGGAUAAAACAAAUUUUAAAUAAACGUGAUCAUGAUAUUUUAA